CAAGUGCUCGUGUUCUGGCCAAGUUAUAAGCCUCUGAGAGCAAGAGCUGGAGGGGAGGACUGUUAACCCCAUCCGUGUCGAAAGCACUAGCUCUUUCCCUUUUGCUUUGCACUGGCUGCGAGGCUCCUCGUGCCCUCAGAGAGAGGCCGGCCUCCGAGGGAAAUCCAGGAAUCUGCAACCAAAACGAUGACAGUCUGAAACGCUCCCCCGGUGCCAACCUCCAAAUUCUCGUCUGUCACUUCAGACCCUGCACUAGUUAGUUGACAGAGCAGCAGAAUUUCAACUCCACUAGGCUUGAAUGUGCUUCUGGGCAAAGAAGCAGAGCUCACCAGGAAAGGGAUUUAGAGAGUUUUCUCUUGGGUAUUUGUCAAACUUUUAUUUCCUGGCUGUGUGCAAAGAGGGGAUUCAACUUCAAUUUUCCGCCCAGGCUCGGGAUCCAGCCACUUACCUGAAGGUCUAGAAAUCAUGAAGACUGUGCUUUUUUUCCUCUCCAUCUUGGGAACAGUAGCUGCAAUCCCGACAAAUGCAAAGUUCUUAUCUGAUCAUUCCAAACCAACUGCUGAAACGGUAACAUCUGACAACACUGAAAUCCCCAUUUUAAGGGAUGAUGAUGGAGAAAAUGAAAAGGAAACUGUAGUAUCCAUAGAAGACCAUCCCAACUAUGAGGCUGAAGAAUCUUCAAUACCAAAGUCAAAAGGGGAAAUCCAUGAACAGUCAGCAGAACAGGGCGAGAGUUACAGCCAAGAGCUGGGGUUGAAGGAUCCAGAGGACAGUGAUGGUGACUUAAGUGUGAAUUUGGGGUAUACACCGACUGAAGACACGUUGGACCUAAACGAAGAUACGGGUGAGCCUCAGAAGGAAGAACUCCCAGAGAACAUGGAUCUCCCUGCUUCCAGUGUUGGUUCCUUCGUCGAUUCUAACAAAGAAGAAAGCAUCACAGAGGGAGAGGAGAACCAAGAACAACCUACAAGUGAUUCCCAUUAUCAGUUGAACAGGAGCAGUGAACACAGCCAAGACCUAAGGGAUCAAGGAAACCAAGAGCAGGAUCCAAAUAUUCCCAACGGAGAAGAGGAGGAGGAGGAAAAAGAGCCAGGUGAUGUUGGCGCUCACAUUGAUAACCAAGAAAAGGAGAGAGAAUUUCCCAAGGAGCAUCCUGACAGCAAGCAGGAAGAUAGCAAUAUCCAAUCUGAUGAUAUUUUGGAAGAGUCUGAUCAACCAAUGCAAGUGAGCAAGUUGCAGAAGGAGGAGUUUGAGCAGGGUACCCAAGAACAGGAAGAGGGUAACCCCGAUACAGAAAUGGAAGAGGAAAACGCCUCAAACCUCAAUAAGCACAUUCAAGGGACGGAAUGGCAGAGCCAAGAGGGUAAACCUGGCCUUGAAGUUGUCAGCAGCCACGAGGAGAAUGAUGAAAAGACCAUUCCUGAGGCUUUGCUCAUGGAACCUACUGAGGACGGUAACAUCAUGCCCCGAAACCCUGGGGCCGAUGAUGAUGAUGGGGGUGAUGACGGCCCCAGGCACAGCACAAGUGAUGACUACUUCAUCCCAAGCCAGGCCUUUCUGGAGGGCGAGGGAGCUCAGUCCAAUUACCAUCACAGCAAGGAUGAGGAGCAAAGAGAAAGAGCCCAUGAGAAUGAAAGCGCAGAUACCACUGAACCCGGAGAACACCCAGAGGAAAAGAAAGCAGAGAGCUCAUCAAAUGAAGACAAAACGUCAAGUGAAGACAACAUGAGGCUGCACAGCGUUGAUGCUUGCAUGAGCUUCCAGUGUAAAAGAGGACACGUCUGUAAGGCGGACCAACAGGGAAAACCCCACUGUGUUUGCCAAGACCCAGUGACUUGUCCUCCAACAAAACUCCUUGACCAAGUUUGUGGCACUGACAAUCAGACCUAUGCUAGCUCUUGUCAUCUGUUUGCCACUAAGUGCAGAAUGGAGGGGACCAAAAAGGGGCAUCAACUACAACUGGAUUAUUUUGGAGCCUGCAAAUCUAUUCCUGCUUGUACGGACUUUGAAGUGGCUCAGUUUCCCCUACGAAUGAGAGACUGGCUCAAGAAUAUCCUCAUGCAGCUUUAUGAAGCUAACUCUGAACACACUGGGUAUCUCAACGAGAAGCAGAGAAAUAAAGUCAAGAAAAUUUACCUGGAUGAAAAGAGACUCUUGGCUGGGGACCAUCCCAUUGACCUUCUUUUGAGGGACUUUAAGAAAAACUAUCACAUGUAUGUGUAUCCUGUGCACUGGCAGUUUAGUGAACUUGACCAGCAUCCUAUGGAUAGAGUCCUGACACAUUCUGAGCUGGCUCCCCUGCGAGCAUCUCUGGUGCCCAUGGAACACUGCAUAACCCGCUUCUUUGAGGAGUGUGACCCCAACAAGGAUAAGCACAUCACCUUGAAGGAGUGGGGCCACUGCUUUGGAAUUAAAGAAGAAGACAUAGAUGAGAACCUCCUGUUCUGAAUUAAGAUUUGAAAGAACUCCAACUUUCCAGCAUCCUCCUCGGUCGUAACCACUUCAGAAAUAUAGGCAGCUGUGAUACCUGUAGAUUUAUAUUUAGCAAAAUGUUUGCAUGUAUAAGAAGACAAUGAGAGCAACUGCUUGAUAACAAUAUAUGCACCAGGCAUUUAACACAACUUUGGAAAUAAAACUUUUUAAGUCAAGUCAGUAUAUGCUAAACACUGUACAUUGUGAACAGAAGUUUAACUCAUAGUAAUUUUACUCUCUGCAUCAGCUUAGGAGGUAAUUACUAAUUGUAAAACUUGAAAAAAUAAUGCGUUCAUAUUCAUAAUAUCAUGUGCACUUCAAGAAAGUGGAGUAUUGCUCUUUUGUGGUUAACAUGCAUUAUUUUCAAUAUCUUAAUAUCCUAAUAAAGAGUCCAUAAAAAUCCAAA